AUGAUGAAAAUCGAUCGCACAAUAACGUUGCUGAAACAAGGGAAACAUAUCACAGAGGAAGCUGUAUAUUCACUCUGUUUGAAAGCACAGGAGUUGUUAAUGACAGAGGCUAAUGUUACUCAUGUCGAUACACCGGUAACUAUAUGUGGAGAUAUUCAUGGUCAGUUGCACGACCUUCUAACAUUGUUUGGCAAGAGUGGUGGUGUAGAGAAAACACGAUAUAUAUUUUUAGGUGAUUUUGUCGACAGAGGAUUCUAUUCCUUAGAGUCAUUCUUAUUAUUAAUAUGUUACAAGCUGAAAUAUCCCGAUAGAAUUACACUCAUAAGAGGUAAUCAUGAGACGCGUCAAAUUACAAAAGUCUAUGGGUUUUAUGAUGAAAUUAUGAGAAAAUAUGGAAAUAGUAACGUUUGGCGAUAUUGUUGUGAAGUAUUUGACUAUUUGUCUCUUGGAGCAAUCAUUAAUAAUAAUAUAUUUUGUGUUCACGGAGGUCUUUCACCUGAUGUUUCUACAAUAGAUGAGAUCCGAGCUAUAGAUAGAAAACAAGAAGUACCCCAUGAAGGUGCUAUGUGUGACUUAUUAUGGAGUGAUCCUGAUGAUGUUGAAAAAUGGUCGUUAUCACCAAGAGGUGCAGGGUUUGUAUUUGGUCAAAAUGAAGUGAACCAAUUCCUGCAUACAAAUAAUGUAGAAUUAAUAGCGCGUGCACAUCAAUUAGUUAUGGAAGGCUAUAAAGAAAUGUUCGAUGGUGGAUUAGUCACUGUAUGGUCGGCACCAAAUUAUUGUUAUAGAUGUGGUAAUGUGGCGGCUGUGUUGAGAAUAGAGGAUGAUUUACAAAGAAAUUAUACCAUAUUUGAUGCUGUCCAACCUCAAGAUGGAGUCGGUAAUGCAAUUAUUCCUACAAAGAAAUCGCAAAUGGAUUAUUUCUUGUGA